AUCAGACGAAUUGACAGAAACGCUGGUUGUGUACACGCGUUUGACGAUACUUUAAUAUUAUAAUUACCAUAUUUAAUAUUAAUUAUUUAACUACGUUUUAGUACUUGUUGCCACGCCUUGUGUAAACGUUCACAGUCCAAGUUUAACUUAGUUCUAAUAUCUGCAUUUCAUCUCAAAACUUGCGCUAUUGUUGAACUUCACAACCGCACUUGAGCCAACCCAGAUCUGUGCAGUCCAUGGAUAACGAAAUUUCUGCUGCUGGGACUGUCGGUGCCACCGUCCUGGACUUGCCGUUGAACUGUUCGGAAACAGUCACAACAGACUAUUCACCAGAUGAUGAAGACUUGGACGAAGCAGCCGCUGCUGCUGCCGCCGCGUCAGAGGCAACUCGUGACACUCUAGCUGAUGGCCUGGUUGCCAGUUUGCUCAGGCCGUGUGUUGACCGUUUGGAUGCAUCCGUUCAGUCCACUAGAUUAAGCCAACUUGACUUGAAACUGCAGCUUGACUCGUUGGCUACCGAGCUCAAGCGCCUGUCGUUAGCACAGCACGACUACUUGUUUGCUACAGCGUCGAUAUCAUCACCACAGUUGCCAGUCUCUGCCGACAAGACCAUUUCAUCUACAGCCACUGGUACAACGAAAACCACUACUGACACUUGUGUCCUACUAGAUGGGUAUGCUCGUAGAUUGUGUGAUGCACGUGCCAAGAUAGCCGUUGUGGGAAAUAUACUGGAGUCUACACAGGAACGCUUACGUGCACUCUCUCAUCGAAUAGGUCGUGAGCACAACAAUCGACGAUCACUCCUAGAGCCUCAAACUGUGGUAACCGGUGUAGAAGAUGAACUGGAAUUGGAAGAAGAAAAUGAAAAAGAAAAUGAUGGGGAAGAGGAAGUAAAAGAUAACAAUGAGAAAGAUCAACCAAAAGAGCAUCUCAUAGAUUCUAAUGACGAUAAUAAAGAGGAAGAACAACCUGGGGAAGAUGCUACAGUGAUAACAGUAUCACCGGCAGCAUCAGAAUUAACAAAAACAUCCUGAUGAAUCAUAAGUCGUACUGGCUCAAUGGUGUCUAAGUGUGGGCAUUAGAUAGCUGUAAUGUUUUGUGAUCUGCUGACGUUGAUGUGGCAGCCUAAGUUUGUUGUUGCUAUCAAUAGAGACCAUCAUUCAAAAUGCAUUAUGAAUUAUUAUUAAUAAUUUAGUUUAGUGGAAACUCUAUGAGUAGAUCCUUGGCAUGGUGCUAGCUCUUGGACCAUAACAUGACCUACAAUCCAUUAGUCUAGUAGAUACCAGAUGAACCAGCAUCUAGGACUGAAUUGUAUGAUACUACAGUACAUGUGUUUUAUUAUCAUUCCAAUAUGUAUGUAAAUAUUAUGUAAUUGUUAUUAUCAGAAUAUGUAAAACAUAAUUUAUUAUAAACAUAGUAUAUUGUUAUAUCACGUGUAUGAAUAAUGUGUUAAAUUUUUUUUUUGGAUAUAUUUAUUUUUUCAAUAUAUUUGUUAUAAUAUAAAUUUGUUUGUUUAACUUUAACACAAUUUGAUUUAUGAAAUACAAUUUUAUCUUGUCUCUGCUAAAUUUAAAA